AUGCAGCGCACUGUUGUGAGAAGCACCUUGCGUUUUUCGACUAGCCAUCUCUAUAAGCAGUUUGGAAGCGGAAAUAGCCUGCACGGUGUCAAGCCUUGGUACAAUCGUUCACUCAGCAUGACUUCGGCAUUUUUUAAAGCGGGUGACGACUUUGAGAAGGUUCAAGCUGCUCGGCCGGAUUUUACACGUGACGCAGAGGUCACUUUCUCAAAGCCCCCUAAGCCAGACUGGAAACAGGGCGAGGGUGCGAAUGAUGGCGGCGAAAGUUUGAAGAAGAAUCAUGUCGAGAUCGACCCUCAUGAGGAAGGAAGGCCGGUUUCAUCUAACUACAAGAUCUUAAUCUCGGGGAUGGUUCCUAGACCCAUAGCACUCAUCAGUACCAAGUCGAAGGAUGGAAAGUCUGCCAACUUGGCGCCUUUCAGUUACUCACAGGUCGUUAAUCAUGACCCUCCUCUCUUUGUCGUCGGCUUUGUUGGAUCGCUUGAGAAAGCCAAAGACACGCUGAAGAACCUGGCCGAGACAGAAGAAUGCGUCAUUAACAUUAUCUCUGAACAUUUCGUGGAGGCAGCAAAUGCGACCGCCGUCAACGCUCCAUAUGGUGUUUCCGAAUGGGAGAUAUCCGGAUUGCACCAGGCACCUAGUUCGGUGGUCCAGCCAGCCCGCGUGCAGGAAUCAAUUUUAUCUAUCGAAGGCAAACUCGUUGAAACCAAAGAAUUUGAAAGCAGAACGACUCCCGGAAAGAAGACUGGAGUAUUGGCCAUCAUUGAGGGUGUCCGAUUCUGGGCGAGAGAGGAUGCCAUCAAUGAGGAUCGAAGCGUGAUUGACCUUAAGGUCUUGAAGCCCAUCAGUCGGCUAGGGGGGAUACAGUACGGGCGAACUACCGAUGCGAUCGAGAUACCUAGACCACAAUUCUAA